AGUAGGGGCGUGUCGACACGGCGCGGCGGGGGACGAGAGCGGGGUGACAUGGGUCGGGUGGUCGUGGAGCUCUUUUACGAUGUGGUGUCUCCUUACUCCUGGCUGGGGUUCGAGGUUCUCUGCCGAUACCAGCACAUAUGGAAUAUUGAUUUGCGCUUUCGUCCGGCUUUCCUUGGCGGCAUAAUGCAGUCAACUGGUAACAAGCCUCCAGCACUGUUGCCAAAGCGUGCAGAAUACCUGCGGAAGGAUAUAGUAAGGAUGGCAAAAUAUUAUCAGGUGCCUUUAACAGUUCCAGAAGAUGUCUUCCAACGUAUCCUUGGUAAAAGCAGUCUUGGAGCCAUGCGUUUCAUCACAGCCAUUGAUAUGACACAACCAAAGUACUUGGAACCCUUAUCUAGAGAGUUCUGGUUACGUUUUUGGUCACAGCAUGAAGAUAUCAGUCAGGUGGAGAGUAUUUUGGCUGUAGCAGAAAAGACUGGGCUAUCCUCUGAGCUCACCCAGAAGCUACUUGAGAUGAUUUCAUCCCCUGAAGUGAAGAAUCGUCUGAAGGACACAACUGAGGAAGCGAUAAAAUAUGGGGCUUUUGGGAUGCCUGCUGUUGUGGCACAUGUUGAUGGAAAACCUCAUCUCUUUUUUGGCUCUGAUCGUUUGGAGCUGCUAGCUAGCAUUAUAGGUGAAAAAUGGCUGGGACCAGUUCCCUCAGCUCCAAGCCCAAAACUGUGAAGUCUUGGGGAAAUACCUAAGAAUGAAAAGACAACACUUACAUAUAUGGUUGAUCUUUGGUGAUUAUGUAUCCAAUUUUUAUAGAGAUGGCUUUCUCUUCCUUAACUGCUAACUCUACAGAUCAAUUUCAUUUCUAGUUAAGAAGUUUGAGAUUUACCAGUAUGAACAAUCUGAUCUGUUCUUUACAAAUACAAAUGUAUUGCUUUCAAAGAUUAAUGUUUAACAUUAAAGAUUUAACUUCUUUCAGGUUAAAACGUAAUCUUUUUUCCAACCGAAAGUAUAAGGAUUAAAUUAUUAUGGGACCAAUAUCUUGAUGUUUAGAGUUCUCAUAUCUUCCCACUUGUCAAACACACGUACAGCCUAAGAGAAGUUGGCCACAUUUGCCUUUUAAGUCCAAGAUACAACAAGGACGGAAGAAGUACAGGACAAGGCAUUCAUGCUUCCUUUCACCUUGCAGCACAGCGAUCUGGGUAUCAGUAUCUGGGAAACGAGUCAAGUACUUAAAAAAUAACUGCUCCCUCAACUGGACAGUAUUUAUACCUGCACUCAUGUGACUGACACUGGAGGUCACCACACAUGCACAUUCAUAGGCACCAGCUCCAGCCCUUGCGGAGGUUUUUAAUUAAUGCCAAUUUUGCAGUAGCAUCCUUGGAAAACAGUGGCAAACAUGAAGUAAGCUCAGUUGGCAACUAAACUCGACUAUGCUUUGCUGCCUCAAGAAUGGCCUUGUUGCUGACUGUUCAACAGUGAUCUAGGAUGUGACUAUGAGGGACUUGGCGUUAUACAGUCUGCAGGGGGGAAGAUAUGCAAACAAUAAGAUUAAAAUCAAAACAAUU